AUGAGCGCGGCCGACGCGUCGCGGACGCUCGUCUUGUGUUUUGACGGCACCGCCAACCAUUUCGACGGAGACAACACGAACGUGGUCAAGUUGUUCGAGCUGCUGAAGAAGGACGACCACAAGGUCCAGCUAUGUUACUACCAGCCAGGCGUCGGCACGUAUCUCAAGCCGGGCUCGACCAGCCACUGGCUCGAAGGCGCCGCCAAGCUGCUGGACCAGGCAGUAGCAUGGUAUCUCGACACGCAUGUAACGGAUGGAUAUCAGUUCAUCAUGCGCAACUAUCGCCCCGGAGAUCGAAUAUGUCUCUUUGGCUUUUCUCGGGGUGCAUAUAUCGCUCGCGCCUUGGCCGGCUUCUUGUAUAAAACCGGCCUGCUUCCCCGCGACAACUUCGAGCAAGUCACGUUCGCCUAUCGCCUGUACAAACGCACCGACGCGAAGGGCCUGAGGCUCUGUGAACGCUUCAAGCGCUCGUUUUGCAGGGAUGUCAAGGUGGACUUUGUCGGCGUCUGGGACACUGUGGCGAGCGUCGGCAUGUUACGUAGCAAGUCGCUACCUUUCACAGCCGCGAAUCAGUGCAUCAAAACGUUCCGGCAUGCACUCUCUCUCGACGAGCAUCGCGUCAAGUUCAAACCCAACCUGUACCACCGCAUGACACCGGAGGAACGAAAGCUGGCCGAGAAGGAGCAAAUACCCGAGCGGCGAGUCGGAAAGGCUGCAGGUACCGGGCUCGCCACCACCUAUUUCCCCCAUAUCAGCGACACCGCGGCGACGCUGGUCCAUCGCCCGUUCCGCAAUUCACGCAAGCUCAAGAAGAAGCGGCGAGAGUCCACGUGGAGCGAAGCCGAAAUCCAGGUUUCCAAGCACACGCCCGACCCGCAUGCCGCACCCCGCCGCCCGGGCGGCACCGACGUGCUCGAGGUCUGGUUCGCGGGCUGUCACGCCGACGUCGGCGGCGGCGCCGUCUCGGACGACACCCCCGCGCUCGCGGACAUCGCCCUCCGCUGGAUGGUGCGCGAGGUGAUGGCGGCUCAGUGCGGCGUGCUGUUCGACAGCGACGCGAUGCGGCGGAUGAAGAUCCCGCUCGACGGCGUGUUCGCGGCCUCGCCCCGGCACGCGCCCAGCCGCGAGCUCGCGCUCGAUCGGGAGGAGGCCGGACUGCCGAUACACGACGAGAUGCGCGUUUUCCCCCUGGCGCCGGUGUGGUGGAUUGCGGAGAUGAUACCGUUCAGGCAUAUGUGGCAGGACGGAGAGGGGGGGUGGCAUCACAAUAGUCUGCCAAACUUCUUCAAAGGCCGACGGAUCCCGGAUAUCCAGCCCAACUUCCAUAUCAGCGUCAAGGAGCGCAUGCACAAUGCUGCGCUGCAUUACAAGCCAAAGGCGAAGUGGAAGACUGGAACCGAGGUUUACGUCGAGUGA